AGUUCACGUAUCCGUUAUGCUUUUCUUCAAUGAAGUUGUUUUCGUGAAUUCGGAAUCUGAUUCUGAUUCUGAUUCUCAGUUGCUAUCUCGAUAUUGAUAUAUGGUGAGAGGGAAUAUAUAUCUUCAUGUUUGGUACUGUGAGUGCUUAGUGUGCUUUGAUCGUUCCCAUUUCUGAAGGCAAGGUCCUGUUAGCUUUAUUUUCUGUGUUCUUAGUUAGUGUUUCAAUCAUAAUUGUUAUGGACGUCCCUGCCCAGAAUAUAGUCACAUGUGAUGAAGAAAAAGCAUUAAAGUGCUUGCUUGAUGCCUUUGGCUCUGUAUUUUCGCUUGAGGAAAUAGCUUCUGCCUAUUGCAAGGCAAGCCGGAAUGCAGACUUGGCAGGAGAAAUGUUGUAUGAGAUGAAGGGGACCUCUUCAUCCUCUUCAAGCCAUUCAUCUAAUGCAGAUGCCAGGGUUGAAGAGACUUCAGGAACAUCUGAUGGAUAUUCUGUUGAAAACUCCUCCCACGAAAGAAAAAACUUAAGGGCGAAAGCUCGCCCAGUUUCAGUAGGUACUGUUUCAGGCACUAUUGGUAGGGAUUAUGUUAGGCCAGUGCCAUCUGCAAAUGGGUCUCAUGGUGCGACUAAGCCAGUAAAAAUGGAUGUAAAGGAGAUGCCCCUGACUGGAAUCUGCCGUGAAAAAGCAAAGCCAAAUGUUUCAAAGCAUAAUCAGCUUCAACAGGACAUGGAAGAUUUCUUAUUUAAAAUGCUUGGAAAUGGCUUUCACCUUGACAGGGAUAUGAUACGGGGAGUUCUUGAAUCUUGUGGUUAUGAUAUGCAGAAGAGCAUGUAUAGACUUCUAGAUCCAUCCGAUGUGACUUUUGACAGGACAGCUGUUGUUGGUGAUUCAGCUUCGAGGUUUACAGAUGUGAAACCGAAAUCUGAAUUAUCUUCAUCUGAAAGUAAGUCUCAUAAUCUAAAUCAUCUCAGAAGCGAUAGAACUGUAGCUUCAAACAAAGGAGUGGAAUCACAUCAAAAGCAGAAACAUAAAGAUGAACUUCAGAAGGAAAUCUUGUCUGCUCUUUUUAAAGGUUAUCAGCGAUGUGAGGAGGCUCCUAAAAAAACUGUAAAGGAUGUGAAUAAUAGUUCACGAUAUAAACAUGUUGUAUUUGAACCUCCGGAAGACACAAUGGAAGAAUAUAAGAUUGAUAUGGACUUCUCACUACGAGAUGCUACAAAUGGUACUUAUCCAGAUGUGGAGGAUGAAGAUUACCAGUGUGUGCGUAGAGCAGUGAAGGAGUACCGGGCCACAAUGAAUGAAUAUUAUAAAGCUGCUGUUGAUGCAUUUGCAAAUGGGGAUAAAUUCAAAGCUGAAAAACUUAUAGAUCAGGGAAAUUUUUUUCUCAAGAAGGCUCGUGAAGCUGAUGAAGAAUCUAGCAGAAUGAUUGUUGAACCCAAGACCUCAGAAGCACAAGAAAUGUUGCUCGACUUGCACGACCAUGGUUCAAGGGAGGCUAUACGUCUACUGAAGUGUCAUCUUUCUUCUCUUGCUGGCAUUCCAUCACUUGAGUAUCUCAAGGUCAUCAUUGAUGCAAGUAAUCAAGAAAAUACCAAAGUGUCUCGCAGGCGGGCGAUACUAAAACUAUUAGAACAGGAAGCUAUAAAGUGGAUUGAAGGAGAAACAGCUGGUACAAUAUUGAUCCGCUUGGAUAGCGUUGAUCGGAAAAAACUGAGUUUUCUCAAAACAUAGGGAAUAGCAAAGACUUGGAUUUUUAUACAUAGCUGUCUCUGAUUUGUUAACAAAUCAUCCUCCAUUGAUUAUUGUUGAAAUUUGGAUUCAAUUGAGUCUUUUGGUGGUUUUGGCCCCCAUGUAGCUUUCACCAAAUCUUUGUUGUAACAUCUUUUCUUGAAAUGUAUGUGCCUCAAUGUAAUAGAUUCUCUUUAUUAUUUUUGAUUUUUU